CACAGCCUUCAGGAGUCGACACCCAUAUUAAAGAUCACCAAAAUUACGGUAAACGACAAAUACAACUCCGUGUCCCAGAAGGACGACAUCGCACUCCUCCGACUCGCCCAACCCAUCAAAUACACGGACUAUAUCGCGCCCGUAUGUCUACCGCCCAGCGAUCUGACCGAACCCGACAAUCUGAAAGUCGCCGGUUGGGGACGCACUGAAGAGGGCGGCAGAACCAGCGCUGUGUUGAACGAGAUAUCUCUACCGGAAUAUUCAUUCGCCAAAUGUGAGGACAAAUACAGUGGACUCAUCACAACCGACCAGUUAUGCGCCGGUGGUGUCAAAGGACAGGACACGUGUCAGGGAGACUCCGGCGGACCGCUCACGUCGCGCGUCAACGGCAGGACUGAUAUCAUGGGCAUUGUCUCGUGGGGUAUCGGCUGCGCGCGUGAGAACUAUCCCGGAGUUUAUACAAGAAUUACAUCAUAUCUGAAAUGGAUUGAAGACAAUACCAAAGACGCGACCUAUUGUCUGGCCGUCAACGAGACGACAGGCCAGACCGGACUCGACCCUCCCAUUCAACCGAAUUACGAUACCUGUGGUGUACCUAAUCUUCGUCUAUCGAAACGAGUUGUCGGCGGAACUGAAACAAAGCCGCAAGAGUUCCCAUGGAUUGUAAGAUCGCGUCCUUUGAACCAAUUAUAA